CGAGCGAACAACCUACUCACUACCAUUUCAAACUACAGGAGUUGACUUCGCUGGACCCUUUCUGGCCAUACACCUUGAACUCUGUUCAGAUUUAAGUACUGAAGCGUUCAAAGCCGCAUUUGCUCGUUUCGUCGGCAGACGCCAUGCAAAAUGAUGUCAGACAAUGGACGAACAUUUAUUGGAGCAAAGCGUAGUCUCAAUAAGGACCUCAUCGCAUUUCUCGGAGAGAUAUCUGAAGACAUCAGCAGGAAAUAUACCAUCCAUGGCCUCACCUGGCAAUUUAUUCCACCAUAUGCCCCCAUAUGGGAGGACUCUGGGAAGCAGCAGUGAAGAGUUUCAAAAUCCACUUCACGAAAAUCGCGAACAAUCAUAAGUUCACAUUCGAGGAAUUCACUACUCUUCUCGUGCGCAUUGAAGCGGUCUUAAACUCCAGACCGAUCUCCCCAAUGUCGCAAGACGCAGAUGAUCUGAACGCUCUAACACCAGGUCAUUUCCUCCGCGGAGCCCCCAUACACUCAAUCCCAGAACCAAUCUCGGAAAACCUGUCACUCAUAAACAAAUGGCAGAGGCUGAAAGUUCUACACCACCAAUUCAGCAAACGAUGGAAGACAGAAUAUCUGCAAGAAUUACACAAACGAUUUAAAUGGAAAGGACAGGAAUCCAAUCUCCGUGAGGGAGACCUCGUCAUCAUUAAAGAUGACCUUCUACCACCGAACGAGUGGAAGUUUGGUCGAAUUGUAAACCUCCAUCUCGCCCCCGAUCAAAAUGUCCGCGUAGUCGACAUUCGCACUCAAGGCGGUAUAGUCACUCGCAACAUCACUUAACUCUGCAUUCUACCACUAGCGUAGCACAUUUCCCUCCAAACAUAUACUCUCCCCUCUCUCAAAUCUAUACGAGGCCUUCUACACAAGCAUCUCAAACUCAUAGCGUUUUUCGACCCUUUACAAUCAUUACAGAAUA